AUGACGGCUUUAAAACUUUUACCAUUUCAAGAAUCAGUUUUAUCCGAUCUGAAGCAAGAAGAUGCAUUGAUUGUCCUUGCAAGAGGAUUAGGAGCUCGAUCGAUAAUUGGAAACUUUUUAAAAACUUAUACAAAAAGUAAUCCUAAACCAGUAAUAGUGGUAAAUGCAACUUUAGAAGAAGAAUCAGGUUUAAAAGAUGAUCUUGGAAUGCAAUUGGUUUCUAUAGGUCAUGAAAUGGGUUCAAAGGAAAGGGAACGCGUGUAUCAGAGAGGUGGAGUGUUAUCGAUCACUUCAAGAAUCUUGAUUGUGGAUCUACUCUGUCGCAAGAUCGAUAUCGAACGUAUCAGUGGCUUAGUCAUCCUUCACGCCGAACUUGUUACGCCGACUUCGAUUGAAGCUUUUAUUGUUCGAGUCUUUAGACGCUCUAACACAACUGGUUUUCUCAAAGCAUUUUCUGAAGAACCCGAACAUUUUACCUUCGGACUCUCGCCGCUUCAAACAGUCUUAACUCAAUUACGUCUUCGUACAGUAAUGAUAUGGCCUAGGUUUCACGCCUCUGUCAGAAAAGACUUGGAGGCUCGCAAGCCUAAAGUAAUUGAACUACACCAAGCCUUGAGUCCUGCAAUGAAUGAUAUCCAAACUUCGAUCAUUGAAUGUAUGGAUGCAAGUUUAAAUCAAAUCCGUAGGGCCAACACGAACCUUGAAGUGGAUGAUCUUACGGUGGACAAUGCUCUCUUCCGUUCAUUUGAUAUGAUCAUCAGAGCUCAGCUCGAUCCCAUUUGGCAUCGAGUCAGUCCUCAAACUCGACAAUUAGUAGGCGAUCUCACAACACUACGAAAACUACUCGGAUAUCUCCUCAGCUUCGAUUGUGUAACUUUUUAUCAGUUUUUGGAAACUAUUCUAGCCGCCAAUUCUUCAACGACUACUGGUGUGACUGCACAAAACCAGAGCCCUUGGCUUUUCACAAGUGCAGCCGACACGAUCUUUUCAGUAGCUAAACGAAGGUUAUAUGAAAAUAUCGAAAAGUCAAAGAACUCUACUAAUGAGGCGCAGUGGGAUUGGAAUUGGUUACCUAAAGGAACUCAACCUGUGUUAGAAGAGCAGCCUAAAUGGCUUUUAUUAGGUGAAGUAUUGAAGGAGAUUGAAGUUAGCCUUGAAUCUGACGAACUUUCAAAAACUGAAAACCUCAACUCAGGAAAGGUAGUUUUGAUAAUGUGCUCAUCAUCAUCAAUUUGUGCAAUGUUGAAUGAAUAUUUAACGACUCAAGAUGAAGAAUUAGAUGAAGUAUAUAAACUUAAACCAAUGAUGAGACGUAGAUUAAAGCAUUAUUUUUUAUGGAAAGGUUCACUUGGAAAGAUGACACGAAAUUUAAAUCAAAAAUCUGGAAAUUUAAAUCCAAUUAGAUCAAUUCAACCUUCUAAUUUUGCAUCUAAAACUGGAUCUACAACUGGAUCUUCUGAUCAAAAUCUUAGUGAAGCACUUAAACGGAAAGCUGACUAUAGGAACAGUGGAGCUGGUUUGAAUAAACGACGUAGAGUUAGAGGUGGUGGUGCGGGUACUGGAUCUACAAAAAUGGAUUCAGUACUGAUCAAAGUUGCUUUCAAACACGAAAAAAGACUCGAUUCUAUGACGAGUGCAUCUGGUUUGAAACCGAUCGAGGAUGACACGACAAGUCAAGCGUUGAUAGUUGAAGACUUCAAUGAAGAUGACUUUUCGGCUUACUUUGAUUUAUUAUCAACGGAUGAUAUGGUGAUUAUCAGGACUUAUCUGGGUGAUGAAGAUGAUAGAGUCUUGGAAGAAUUACAUCCUCGGUACAUCGUAAUGUAUGAGCCUGAUGUGGCUUUUGUGAGAAGAGUGGAGUGUUAUCGAGCUUCAAACCCUGGAUUGAAUGUGAAAACUUACUUUAUGAUGUACAGCGAUUCGGUGGAAGAACAAAGAUAUUUAUCAAGUGUGAGAAGAGAGAAAGAAGCUUUUGAGCGACUUAUAAGGGAAAAUGCGACGAUGGUCGUACCUCUUCAAGCGGAAGUGAGACCAGGAGAAAGUACAGAGGAAGAAACUCUUCGUACUAUCUCAUCUCGACUUGGUGGAAAGGCGUUACAAAGUGGAUUACCUCAAGUGGUUGUAGACGUGCGAGAGUUUCGGUCAUCAUUACCUUCACUUUUACACGCUGCCAACUUUCUUGUAGAACCGACUACAUUGAUUGUUGGUGAUUAUAUUAUCUCACCUGAUAUGUGUGUUGAACGAAAAAGUAUCAGUGAUUUGAUCCAGAGUUUCAAUUCAGGAAGAUUAUAUCAACAAUGUGAAAUGAUGACUGCUCAUUAUAAGCAGCCAAUCCUAUUAAUUGAAUUCGAUCAGAAGAAAUCUUUCUCGCUUGACACGUAUAAAGACACUCGGGGAGCGGGUAGCAGUGCGACAAACUUAAAGGCACCCUCCGAUACAGAUUUACAAGCUAAACUGGUUCUUCUAACUCUUAGUUUUCCAAAACUUCGAUUGAUCUGGUCAUCAUCACCUCAGGCAACAGCGGAGAUCUUUCGAGAAAUCAAAUCAGGACAUCCAGAACCAGAUACCACCACAGCAAGUCUUAUAGGAUUAGAUGAAUAUUCAAAAGCAGAUAAAGCAGGAAACUUAGAGUUGAUAGAAGGUAGUAACAGUAAUAAUCGAAUUUUAUCAGAAGAAAUGAUUAGAAGUCUACCUGGAAUGAAUUUAAUUAAUUCAAAUAAGAUUUUAAGAUCUAAAAAGAAAAAAGUGAAUAAUUUAAGAGAAUUGUGUGGAUUAAGUGAAAGAGAAAUGAAAAAUUUAAUUGGAAUUGAAUCUGGUUCAAAACUUUAUAAAUUUGUUAAUGAAGAAGUUGAUGGGAAAUCAUAG